GAUGGCAUGGCCAUAUUUGUUACACCGUGCUAAGUUUGCGCAUGGAGAAGAGAGUUGAUCCUGCCGAUGGAGUGGCUUAUACCUUCAAGGACAUCUCUGCGUUCUACGCGCGGCAGUACAGCCAACAGGAGAUCCAGCAGUACUGGAACCAGCGCUGCAAGCCAGUCUUCAAACGCGAGGCUGUAGAGGAUCCUCCUUGGCAACACCUGGAGAAGGCCAAAGUCUCGUUCUGCCCCGACCCCAAGACCCUGGGUGUGAAAUUCACGGCCAUUUACGAGAAGACGCCCGAAGACUCGAAAGCCUUUGCGUCGGUCAAUGCGGGCAACGGCAAAAAGCUCAAGGUGGGUGGUGGCACCAUCAACCUUCAGUUUGCACAGGAGCUCCAGGCUGCAGCAGGGCACGACCCUUAUGCCUACAGCCCGGCUCAUGAGGGGCUGCUGCGGGCGGCCACGAAGUCUGGUUUGAGGGCAGGGCUCAUCCCGGCGGGACCCGGUGUCGAACUGCCUGCCUGGUUGGAGGGGGCCUUCCUCUACUUGGGCCCGACCAACACAGAGGCUGAAGAGGUUGCAGCAGACCCCGGACGAGCUGGGCUCGUGAUCUUGGACAUGUUCGAGAAAAACUCUCGUCCGUACCACGCCCAGAAUGUGGCCAUGGUGUACACCGUGGGACCCUCGCGCUCGGACGAGGCGGACGACGACACUUUCCUGUCGAAGGUCCGCCAGGUGGGGCGGAACGUGGUGAUGGCAUGUCAUGACUACAACGCCCAGCUUCCGCCUGGUGCCUCAAGCAUUGACAAGAUGCGGCUUUGUUUGGUCAGUGGAGGGAAAUUUGCCGGGCGUGUGCCCAAGGAGGAGGUGGCACGGCAACUGGUCUUGGGAGUUCUCGAUGCCCAGCUGGCAGACUCCUCCAGUCCAGAGGCGCUGCCAGAAGUGCAGUUCGCCUACGACACCGAUGUUUUUCGUGGCUGGGCAGCAGAUGGAAUAGCGGAGGUGUGGCUUUGGUGAGAAUUUUGGAAACAUGCUUGUAGGAUCUUGUAGGCUUAUAGGUGGGAUGUGGCUGAUGUGGGAAAUGCUGGAAGGUAGGUCGGUGAUGUUCUCCAUCAAAGUACCCCGCAAUGUGAAAGUUCUUCGGGCAAACUUCAACGACUACAGGAACUUGAUAGGACAAGUGCCCAUACUUCCCUGAGCUUAUAUACUGUAAUGCGUAGCGGCAUAGCACAAAAAAACACCAAUUACUGUAUAUACUGAUGCUUAAUCACACAGAUGCUGCAAGUACAGUAUAUAGGAUUCAGUGAAUACAGUAAAAAAAGGUGCUCAGUGCUGAUCAGAGUUUCUGCAAAGUAAAACAGGCCAGGUUUGGGAGGCGCUCGUCGCGAAGAAGUGAGAGAGAGCAGCGCUGC